UGCAAAUGCGGACGUAAGGAUAACAAAUGCUUGAGAGCAAGCCGGCAAGCCAAGAAAAGGAUUAAUAAAAAAAAAGGAUUUGAAAAGGAUAAAAGCAACAGUUAGUGUUAAGUGAAGCUUUUGAGCGGUUCACAGUGUGGUAGCAUGCCCGACUGUUACGCGUGGCUGGCCGUGGUGUGUGUUCUGUGUGUGCUGAAUGUGGGCUGGUGCCGCGCAGCCGACGACGAUGAACAUGUGCACAUCAAAGUGCGAAUGCCGGAGGUGGCGCGGAAACAUAAAUCACGCAAACCCGCGCAGCAGCUUAGCCACCACAAGUACCACCACUUGCCACAUCACUAUUACCAUAACCUACACAAGCCGUACUACCAGCCGCAACUACACGCCCAGUAUCCAAAUCAAGCAGCCAAGCACGGCCGCAGAGCCGUAAGGCCAACCCCACCGACGCCGCCAAUCAUGUCACACAAUCCCCACGAAAUUGCGGCUGCAUACGGCGAUGAGUUGAGUGCCGGCGGCAUGGCCGAGCACCUGUUGUAUACACCGGCAGCUGCACAGCCGAUAUCUGUCGGCGAUUUGAAGACCAACUAUGGCCCGGCGUUAUUUGGCAGCGCCGGUGAGGCGAGCCAGCAUGAAAAUAUACAACAACAAGAGGACAUGUUGACUAUGCCGGGCGGCACGCAACAGCUCGUGCAACAUAUGGAACUAAUGGGCGCUUUGGCAGCAGCGGCGGCAGCGGCAGCGGCAACAUCGAGCGACACAAGCGGUGAGCACGAAGAUGGCAAUAGCGCGGGCGAUGCUACUGAAACAAACACAUUGUUGACGGAUGACUUUUUAGCCGAACUGCAACGUACUUAUGCGAACGGUAAAUAUCCGACGACAAGUUUUCGGCGCAAGAAGAAAUAUCGGGGGGCGGGGCUGGCGGAAAUAGGUGAUGCUGCUGCCACAUACGCCUUCAACUCAGCGCCACAGCAACAACAAAGCGUACAGCUAUUGCAGCAGCAACAACAGCUACAGCUAAUGCGACAACAAUAUCAACAGCAACAAAAGCAACAACAAAAACAACAACAGCAACAUAAACACCAGCAAGAAUUCUAUGGCGCUAGCUACUUUAUGCAACAGCAGGCCAAGCCGCAAGCGCAAAUGUUGAGAGCACCAACAGUAAUUAGUAGCAACAACAACAACAAUAACUACCACAGCUAUCAGCCGCAUAUGCAUUACAAAAACAAACAGCACUACAACUCUAAUGACAUUUAUACUACCGCCACAUCCGAUGAAGACGAGCACGACACCGACAACCCUGAUUCUGACGAAGUUGAAGACACAAAUGACGGCGCCAGCGGCGCUGACGAUGACCACGAACACGAACACGACUACGACAAUGAUGACGAUGUGUCGCUGUACUUUUCCAGCCGCCCUCCAACGACCACCGCGCUCUCACCCUCCCCGACCGCCUACAGUAGCGGCGCUAAUGACUACGAUGAUGACGUGCAGCAAUUCGGUUACAAUAGCCACAAGAACAACUACUUUGCCGGCAUUGAAGGUGACGGCAAGGUAGGUGUUAAUCCGGUUAGUUAUCAGCCGACAACAGCCUAUGGAGCAUAUGCGGUCAUACCAUCGACACCGGCGACAACAACACAGCACAAACGGCGACCAUAUCGACAAUUGCAACAGCAACAACAACACCGGCAUACGCAACAAAACCGUUAUACAGCUACACAAUCAUUUGGCAUUGCGGCUCAUCAGCAGUUGCAGCAGCCUCUACAGCUACAACAACAACUCAUCACCACAGCACAACCAAUUAACGUCGUCGGUCCAACUGCAAGUGACUUUGAUGACCAGCAGACACCAGCAACGCAACCGCAGCCGAGCAGGCAGCAACAGCAUCACAAGUACCCGGUGUCAGCACGCUACAAGAAACGUAAAAACCGCAUCAAAGGAAAGCUAAAUCGAAAUCGCAUUCUGACGCAAUAAUUGCUUUUGCUUCGGCGACGAGACGCUCAACGGACGGCAACGACUAGAACUGUCACUGGUCAGUUGAAUAACUUCAUUUGCUGCCGUGGUGACUAACUACUACAUCCCCGAUACAAAUAACAACAACAACAACAACGACACCUUCAUCACUACGCCUUUCGCUUUGGCAGUCCGAUCUUGUAGGCGUAUACUACCGUUAGUUGUUAUUGGUGUUGUGCUAUGGUAAUUGCAACAUCGCACGACUAUUCCCAUAUUCCCUUGCUGCAGCUGCGUAUAAAUUGCUUGGACAAGUGUGUUGUGUAGAGCAGAAGCAGCAGCAGCAAUAUACACUUUUAGAUUGGUUAGCGCAGCACCAGCAGGUUAAGUGGAUUUACGGCCAGUCGGAGAGUUAUCACAUUUACGAUUAGCUUAAUUUAUUGACAUUCCCCUAUCAAGUUAAGGUAAUAGUAAUGCCAAGCAUGUUUAAGUUUGAAAAUAAAGUCUAAGCAAAACGGUUGAAAAGUUC